AUGUUUCUCACACUGAUAAUGCGGAGACCUGGAGCUUUGUGUUUUACUUCAUGGAUCACAGCAGGAGCUGGAGUUCUGUGUUUAACCUUCUUCCAGCCAGCAGACUCUGGGUCGGACUGUGAGCUUGGCGAGAGGUGUGUUGGGCAGAGCGAUGAAAACUUUAGCAGCUGGUAUGUGUGGUUCCUGGUGUUGUUUUUCCUGGCCGUGCUCCUGUCCUGCGGGAUGUGCUGCUGCCUGCAGUGCUGGCUGAAGCGGCGGAGCUGCCUCCCCCGAAGCACCAUGGCUGUCUUUGCCCUCAGCAGCUCGGAUGCUUUUUGUGCUACUGAAGCAGCUCCGUGCCCAUUCUCUGGAUCCCUGAACCCCUGCAUGGCUGCAGAGAUUUCCUCUUCUCCUGCCCCGUGCUUCAGCCUUGGGGAAACUGAAUUGCCUCCGUCUUAUGAGGAUGUUAUGAAGGAAAACAAGCUCUAG